AUGAAUUUCGGGAAUAGAACGCCUACGAUUGUUGUGCUGAAGGAAGGUACCGACGCUUCUCAGGGGAGAGGCCAGAUUAUCUCCAAUAUCAAUGCAUGUAUAGCCAUCCAAGAGACUUUGAAACCAACUUUGGGUCCAUUAGGUUCUGACAUUUUGAUUGUCACAUCUAACCAGAAAACCACGAUUUCAAACGAUGGGGCCACCAUUCUGAAGUUGCUAGACGUUGUCCAUCCUGCCGCGAAGACACUCGUUGAUAUAUCUAGAGCUCAAGAUGCCGAGGUUGGUGACGGUACCACGAGUGUGACAAUCCUGGCCGGUGAGCUGAUGAAGGAGGCAAAACCGUUUUUAGAAGAGGGCAUUUCGCCACAUUUGAUUCAAAAGGGUUACAGAACGGCUGUCAGAUUGGCUGUGGAUAAAGUGAACGAGCUGGCUGUCAAUGUCUCCAGUGGGACGCAGGAGAGUACGAGGGAAAUGUUGGAACGUUGUGCCAAGACUGCUAUGAGCUCGAAGCUGAUCUAUAACAAUUCUGUAUUUUUCGUUAAAAUGGUUGUUGAUGCUGUCCUGUCCUUGGAUAGAAAUGAUCUGGACGACAAGUUGAUCGGUAUUAAGAAAGUUGCUGGUGGUUCCAUGGAGGAUUCUAUGUUUGUCGAUGGUGUGGCAUUCAAGAAGACGUUUUCAUACGCUGGGUUUGAACAACAGCCCAAGAAGUUCACUAACCCCAAGAUUCUGAGUUUGAACGUUGAACUGGAAUUAAAGGCGGAAAAGGAUAAUGCCGAGGUUCGUGUAGAAAACGUGGCUGAUUACCAGGCCAUUGUUGAUGCUGAAUGGCAAAUCAUUUUAAACAAGUUGAACCAGGUCGAGGAAACGGGAGCCAACAUUGUUCUUUCCAAACUACCGAUCGGUGACCUUGCAACACAAUAUUUUGCCGACAGAAACAUUUUCUGUGCAGGUAGAGUCGCAGCUGGGGAUAUGGACCGUGUUAUUAAAGCCGUCGGUGGUGCCAUACAGUCCACCACAACCGAUAUCAAAGCUGAAUAUCUAGGCUCUUGUGAUCUGUUUGAAGAGAUGCAGAUCGGUUCCGAAAGGUAUAACACGUUUAGGGGCUGUCCACAAACUAAGACAUGCACGCUGUUGUUGAGAGGUGGUGCCGAACAAGUCAUUGCGGAAGUCGAGAGAUCUUUACAUGAUGCUAUAAUGAUUGUUAAGAGAGCGCUACAGAACAAAAUCGUCGUUGCCGGAGGUGGUGCCAUCGAAAUGGAGAUCUCUAAAUACCUAAGGGAUUAUUCCAAAACAAUUGCCGGCAAGCAACAACUAAUAAUCAAUGCCUUUGCUAAGGCUCUUGAGGUGAUUCCAAGACAACUUUGUGAGAAUGCUGGGUUCGAUGCCAUUGAAAUAUUAAACAAACUGAGACUUGCACACAGCAAGGGAGAAAAGUGGUUCGGUGUUGACUUUGAAACUGAAAGUAUCGCCGAUAACUUUGCCAAGUUUGUUUGGGAGCCAGCCCUAGUAAAGAUCAACGAACUGACUAGUGCUACUGAAGCUACUAAUUUGAUUCUGUCGGUGGAUGAAACAAUCACAAAUAAGGAAAGCGCAGGCCCUGCUGCUGGUAUGAUGCCACCUCAAGGUGGCAGAGGCAGAGGAAUGCCCAUGCAGUGA